AUAAUGCGAAAUCACUAAGGAUGAAUAUGAUUUCAUGUUGGUUGAGCACAUUCUUAUGCCUUUAUGCCUACAUUUUUCUGAGGAUUCAAAAAGUAUCGAUAAAACUUGUACAUCUGUAGGCCCACAAUAGUCGUCGCUGGUUCUCUGACUGAAAAAAUCUCUGCUUUUCUGGAUUAUUCUCUAUCCUGGCUGACCCAGGAGUGUUUUCUCUGAUGAGACUGGAGAGUGACGGUGAAGGUGUAAGUUGAAUCGAUCACCAUGAAUUCCAGAUCAACUCUGAUUCAUCAAGGUCCUCCAAAACGAUACCAUCUUCAAACAGAGAGAAAAGUGCUUGAUGAUCAUGGGAAAGUCAGAAAAUGGACUUAUGGGGUAAAAGACACCAGUAAACCAAAUAAAAUUGUUCUGCUUGUGGGAGAAACCGGCGCUGGCAAGACGACUCUCAUCAACACCAUGGUCAACUACUUACUGGGAGUGAAGUUUGAGGAUGAAAUAUGGUACGAAAUCACUGAAGAAGAAGCCAGAGACCAAUCAGAAUCACAAACCUCUGAAAUCACCAUGUAUGAGGUCUGUCCAAUAAAGAGUCCCAUAUCUCUCACCAUCAUUGAUACUCCAGGAUAUGGAGACACUAGAGGACUGGAAAAAGAUCUGGAAGUUGCUGAGAAUUUAUCCACACUGUUUCAAAGCAAUGAUGGCGUUCGAGAAGUCGACGCUGUGUGUUUUGUGACUCAAGCGGCUAAGAAUCGUCUCUCGGACAGACAGCAUUACAUCAUCAGUUCAAUUCUGUCUUUGUUUGGAAAAGACAUUGUGAACAACAUUGUGUUUCUGAUCACACACUCUGAUGGUCUGCCACCCCAAAACGUCCUCGGCGCCAUUAAUAAAGCUAGAAUCCCCUGCAGACGAGACCACAAGAACCAGCCUGUUCAUUUCUUAUUCAACAACCGGCAGGCGGACGCCCGUCACAAUGAGCGACGUUACCUUCGUGCUCAAAGAGAUGCCUGGGAGGACAGCAUGGACGGCAUGAAGCAUUUACUGCAGUCAUUGGAUGAAAAGAACAGAAGAAGUUUAGAGUUGACUUCAAAUGUCCUGAUUGAGCGCAUUCAAUUUGAAGCGUUUAUCUCCAACUUACAGCUGCGAAUCGAAGAGAAAGAGUCGAAGAAGUCUGAAAAACUUCAGAUCCAGCAGGUAAUGAGACAAAACAAGAAAAAGAUUGAGGAACGUAAAAACUUCAGCAUUAAAUUCAACAAGACUGUCAAAAUGAAGGUUCCCAUUGAAAGCGCUUCAUGGAAGAGCAGGAAGGCGACGACCUGCACCGUCUGUGAGGAAAACUGCCAUGAGUUUGACUGCUGGUGGGCUUUUAGUCCCAGCAGAUGUGAAGUCAUGCAAAACGGCUACUGUACCGUGUGCACAGGGAAGUGUCACCACAGCAAACACGUCAGAGAAAACAAAAAAUACAUCAUCAAAAACGCGAGUUUGACGAUAGAUUUUGAUGAUUUUAGAAAGGAAUAUGAAAGAGCCCAAGUACAAUCCAAGAGAUUUUCAGUUGUAAUGGAUGAUCUCGACAAAGAUCUACAGGAUAUUGAUGACCAAAAGUCAAUUCUUCUGUUUAAUGCCUACAAGACCAUUAGGCAACUGUCUCGGAUCGCAUUAAAGCCAGACUCGGCCUUCACUCUUCAGCAUCUGGACUUCUUUAUCCCUAAACUGAUGGAGGCUGGGAAAAAAGACUGGGUCCGAGAGCUGGAGGAAAUGAGGAAAACCGCUGAAGCUGAAGAAGCCAAUAAAGACGCUCUGAGUUAUUUGAAAGCUGGUCUAACAAAACUUUUCAUUGGUGGGCAAUCACAGGCAUAGCGAUAAGGCAGGAAAACAAUAAAGAAAACAUGUGCUUUUGUAAAAAUAAAGAAAACAAAGAGGAUGCGCUUUCUGCCAUUUCUGUCGAAGUGAACUGGAGCAUAUCUCGAAAAUAUAUGAAACUCUUGUGUAUAGGCAACUUUGCUUAAAUCGUUCUUCUUCUUAAAUCUUUAGAAAUAAAUCUUUGGAAAGCUUGAAAUGUCUAUUAAAUCGAUUUGAAUUGAAAACAAAUGAUCUUUAUUUAACUGAAAAACAACAAACAGUUCACCAUUGUGUUAAUUCUGGUUGAGCCCUUCUUUAUUUUAUGUCCAUUAAAUUCCUGUUAACUCCUUUGCUUUUAUGUCGAUUAUCGGUGCGUCUCUUUGUAAAAACUCUUGUUAAAUAAAGCAACAAUAAAUACAAAAGUAAUUUUAAGACA